UAUCGAUAUGCAUGUGUGUAUAAACGAAAAAAACGAAGAUGCCCCGCUUCAUGAAUCAUGAACUAGAUUCCUACACAGCUAAACAUAUAUAUUUCAUCAUCUUACAAAACUAAAUAUCUGUUUAGCUGGUUUCUUUUGGCGAUCGGUUAUCAGAAAAUGGCUGAGGCUGUUGUUGCAAUUGUGGCGGAAGGGCUGAAGCCGCUCGGAGACUUCAUCAUACAGCAAGCCAACAUCUUGAGUGGAGUGAGCAGUCAAGUUGAGCUCGCACGAACUGAACUACAAUUCAUGUAUGGCUUCCUGAAAGAUGCAGAUGCAAAGCAAGAAGAUAAUGAAGUGGUACGGAUUUGGGUUGCCAACAUCCGAGAUGCUGCUUAUGAUUUGGAGGAUGUCAUCGAAACUUUUGUCUUGAAAGUGGCUUUGAAGAGGAGAGUUGGGAGUAAAAAGAUUGUGUUGAAGAGGUAUGCUUGCAUCUUCAAAGAAGGGUGUUAUCUCUACAGGAUUGGAUCAGACAUCGAGCAGAUUACGAACAAGAUUUCUAAACUGCGGUUGAGUUUGCAGAGUUAUAACAUAAAGGAAAUAAGGGGCAGUGAAGCAGUUGCUAGUCCUACUUCAUCACAAGACAGGAGGCUAACUUUUCCCCAUGUUAUGGAACGCGAUGUUGUUGGAAUACAAGACAACAUAGAAACAUUGGCUAAGAAUUUGGUAGAAGAUGAGAAAUGCCAUAGGGUGCUUUCCAUUUGGGGUAUGGGCGGUUCGGGGAAGACCACUCUAGCAAAACAUGUUUAUCAUCACAAUGAAGUCAGGCGUCAUUUUGAUUGUUUUGCUUGGGUGUGUAUAUCUCAGAGAUGCCAAGGAAGAGAUGUUUUGGAAGAAAUUUUAGUCAAGUUGAAAUCUGCUACCAAAGUCCAAAGAGAAGAGAUUGAGAAAUUGAAGACGGAUGAAAUAGCAGAGCAACUUUGUACCAUGCAACAAGAAAGCAAGUGCUUGGUCGUGGUUGAUGACAUUUGGACCCUUGAAGCGUGGAAUUCCUUAAAAGCUGGAUUUCCAAUGAAGGAAGAAACACACAGCAGAGUGUUACUCACUACUCGCAACAAAGAAGUAGCUAUGCAUGCAUCUGGAAAUAAUUUCUUAUACCAACCCCAGCCACUAAGCAAAACAGAAAGUUGGGAAUUGUUUGAGAAGAUAACAAUUUCAGGAAGACACAACACAGAUCCUGAAACAUAUGCAAAGAAGGAAGAAUUGGGAAAGAAGAUGCUUCAACACUGCGCAGGUUUGCCAUUAGCCAUCACUGUGCUUGCUGGAGUUCUAGCUAGAAAAGUUACUGUUGAGGAGUGGGACUUGGUGCGUGAGAAUGUUGAUGUAUAUAUAAGGAAGGGGACUGUCCUUGAACGAGGAAACAGAGGCCAAGAAUAUGAGGGUACAGCAUGGGUAUUGGCAUUGAGUUAUGAUAACUUGCCAUAUCGCUUGAAACUAUGUUUUUUAUAUUUAUGCCAGUUUCCUGAAGAUUAUGAGAUUCCGGUGAAAAGGUUGACUCAGUUAUGGAUAGCAGAAGGUCUUAUACCCUUGUCAUCGACAGAAAUGAUGGAAGAUGAAGCGUAUAAUUGCCUAAAUGAGUUGGUGGAAAGGUGUAUGGUUCAAGUCGGAAAACAUGGUUCAACUAAUAAGAUUAAAACUUGUCGCCUCCACGAUCUUAUACGAGACUUGUGUGUUUUGAAAGCUAAAGAGGAGAACUUUCUAUAUGUUAUCCAUUUGUCUCAAGCCAUAGCAUCCAUGGCAGCACCAAUUGGUAAAGUUCGAAGGCUUGCCAUCUAUUUGGACAAAGAAGUAGACCAAUUAGCUCCAACAAGAGAUGGUCAGCUAAGGUCUCUAUUAUACUUUGUUGAUCCAGAAUACUAUUUCCAGAAUAGGAGUGCAAGAUUAUUACACCCCAUAUUGGAGGACUUCAAAUUCUUGAGAGUUUUGAAGUUCGAAGAUAUUGGUGGAGAUGUAGAGUUGCCGAGCACAAUCGGGAAUCUCAUACACUUGAGGUUCUUAAGUCUGAAGAAUAGUAACAUAAAAAGGUUGCCAUCAUCUGUAGCCAAUUUGGUGUUCUUACAGACCCUGGACUUGCGUUGUUUUGACUGGGAUUUCUUAAAAAUGCAAAAUGUGUUUGGGAAGAUGGAGCACUUGAGACAUUUGUAUUUACCUGGCAGACACAGAGUGAGUGAGAGACUGUCAUUGGCUAGUCUUCGCAAUUUGCAGACGCUAGUUAAUAUUUCUAGCGAAGAUUUUGAUUUGAAUGAUCUAGCUGAACUAACCAGUCUUAGAAAACUAAUCAUAAGUGCACCAAGGUCGACACCGUUGAAAUUUCUGGAGGAAAUUUUGGAGUCUGGGAGCAUCACAUUCAAGCAUCUUCUAUCUCUAUCUGUAGAGGUAGACUCUGGCUCUGGAGUUUUACCAACAAAUAUAGUACUAAGGUGCCCUAAUCUAUACAAGCUACGACUGCAUGGGCGCAUCACAGAGCUACCACAACACAUUUGCUGCUAUCCAAACCUCACCAAGAUGACAUUACAGGGAACUGGUCUCAGGGAAGAUCAGACAGAGUUACUAGCGAAACUGCCAAACUUGAGAAUUCUUUACCUUGGCUUCUACGCUUUCCAAUCGGAGACGAUUGUGUUCUCGGAAGGAGGCUUUCCUCAUCUGGAAUUUCUUUCGCUUGAUUGGUGGUGGCAGUUGAAGGAGUGGAGGGUGGAGAAAGGAUCGAUGCCUAGUCUUUGCAGAUUGCACAUUGAAGAUUGCUCCGCAUUGAGGGAACUUCCUGAUGGUCUUCAAUAUGUUUCCACCCUCAAGGAAAUAACCAUCAAUUUUAUGUACAGAGAAUUCUGUACUAGAGUUGGGGAAGGAGGAGAGGACUUCUACAAAAUCAAACAUGUGCCUUCCCUUAUAAUCACAAAUAUUACUUUUACUGAAGAGUCAGAAAUGCUGGAAUCAACAACGCUAAGGGAAAUGGAUGGGACAGCAGCAGCGCCAUCUUGCCAAAUCAGAACCAAGCAAGAAACUGAACUGGAGAUGGAAUCACUAGCCGUCUCUGAAGUAGUUGAUCCGGUCAGAGUUGCUGAGCAACCUACGAUGGAUAAUGCUCCUGGGGAAAUAGUUGAAAUUCAAGUUGCUUGUUGAUCCUCUUAUUACCACACAAUCUGGACUUUCAUAUUGACUAUGAGAAUGAAUGACGCUGUUGCAAGGGUAACCUCUGCAGGAGAAAUUGCACAACAAAAUUACGCCAUUGCAGCUAACCGAUCGAGCUAGCUACUGAAGUACUGAUGAUAGUGUUCAAUAUGUUUGUCAUCCCCAUAUGCUUCCACUACUACAUGUACUGUAAUAUAUAUGGAAUGAUAUAUUGAG